GUGGCGACCAGAGCGAGUGUGCUAGUGAGCGUGCGUCGCGUCGUGCACUGCAGUAGCCUCAGCUCCUGUCUCGUCUAGAUCGAUGGAGGUUGCCACGCACAUGGCAAGGUCCAGCACCGUGUACUGGUCGCUGCUCGCCGUGUUCUCUUGGUUGGCCGCCGCCGGCGCAGGCCUUGGCGACGGCGGGAGGUCGCCGCCGCAGGUGUACGUCGUGUACAUGGGCGCCGUGCCGCCCCGGACAUCCCCCAGCCUGCUCUUGGAAAGCCACCUGCGCCUCGUCAGCACGGUACUCAAGAGGGGCCGGAGGGCAGACAGCUUAGUGGUGCACCAGUACAAGCACGGCUUCUCUGGGUUCGCGGCGCGGCUGUCCAAGGACGAGGCCGCCGCGCUGAGGCGGAAGCCCGGCGUCGUCUCCGUGUUCGCCGACCCGGUGUACCAGCUGCACACCACCAGGUCCUGGGACUUCCUGCAGCAGACGACGACGGCCGUCAAGAUCGACGACGCCGCCGGCGCCGGCCCUGCUAGACGCAGCGGCAACAAGAAGGGUAAGGCCGCCGCACCCGCCAACGACCCGUCGUCGUCGUCUCCGGCGGCGGACACUAUCAUCGGGCUGCUCGACUCCGGCAUCUGGCCCGAGUCACCCAGCUUCAACGACGCCGGCUUUGGGCGCCCACCCAGCCGGUGGAAGGGAGUGUGCAUGGCUGGGGAUGACUUCAACUCAUCCAACUGCAACAAUAAGCUGAUCGGCGCGAGAUACUACGACCUCAGCAGCGUAAGGGGGCCGGCACCGAGCGGCGGCGGGUCGCCGCGGGACGACGUGGGCCACGGCACGCACACGUCGUCCACGGCCGCCGGGAGCGCGGUGACCGGCGCCUCGUACUACGGCCUCGCCCCGGGGACCGCCAAGGGGGGCUCCGCGGCCUCCAGGGUCGCCAUGUACCGGGUCUGCUCCCAGGCGGGCUGCGCGGGGUCGGCCAUCCUCGCCGGCUUCGACGACGCCAUCGCCGACGGCGUCGACGUCAUCUCCGUCUCGCUGGGCGCGUCGCCCUACUUCCGCCCGGACUUCUCCGCGGACCCCAUCGCCAUCGGCUCCUUCCACGCCGUCGCCAAGGGGGUCACGGUCGUGUGCUCGGCGGGGAACUCCGGCCCGGGCGCCGCCACCGUCGUCAACGCGGCGCCCUGGAUACUCACCGUCGCCGCCACCACCAUCGACCGCGACUUCGAGUCCGACGUCUUGCUCGGUGGAAAUAACAGCGCCGUCAAGGGUGUAGCUAUAAACUUCUCGAACCUGGACAGAUCCCCCAAGUAUCCAUUGAUCACCGGCGCAGCGGCGAAGUCCAGCUCAGUUUCUGACACCGACUCAGCAAGCCACUGUGAGCCCGGCACGCUGGACAGCAGCAAGAUACGAGGGAAGAUCGUGCUGUGCCACCACUCGCAGAGCGACACGUCGAAGCUGGUGAAGGCGGACGAGCUCCAGAGCGCCGGGGCGGCGGGGUGCAUCUUGGUGAUGAACGACAACGAGAGCUCGGUGGCCACCGCCUACCUCGACUUCCCGGUCACCGAGGUCACCUCCGCCGCCGCCGCGGCGAUCCACAAGUACAUCGCCGCCGCCAGUUACCUGUCACGAAAUGGACGCAGCGAACCGGUGGCGACGAUCACGGCGGCGGCCACCGUGACGGAGUGCAAGCCGGCGCCCGUGGUGGCCUACUUCUCGUCGAGGGGGCCGUCGGGGCAGACCGGGAACGUGUUAAAGCCGGACAUCGCAGCUCCGGGGGUGAACAUCCUGGCGUCGUGGAUCCCGGCGUCGUCGCUCCCGCCGGGGCAGAAGCAGCCCUCGCAGUUCAACCUCGUGUCCGGGACGUCCAUGGCCUGCCCGCACGUCGCCGGGGCCGCCGCUACCGUCAAGGCGUGGAACCCCACGUGGAGCCCCGCGGCGGUCCGGUCGGCCAUCAUGACCACGGCGACCACGCUGAACAACGAGCGCGAGCCCAUGACGACGGACUCCGGGUCGCCGGCGACGCCGUACGACUACGGCGCCGGGCAGGUGCACCCGGCGGGCGCGCUGGACCCCGGGCUGGUGUACGACGCCGGGGAGGACGACUACCUCCGCUUCCUCUGCAACUACGGCUACAACGCGUCCACUGUGAGGCUCGUCGCCUCCACCCUCCCCAGCGGGUUCAGCUGCGCGGCCAACGUUAGCAAGGACCUCAUCUCCGACCUCAACUACCCGUCGAUCGCCGUGACGGGGCUCCUCGGCAAUAAAUCGGCUGCGGCGGGCCGAAGCCGGACCGUGACCCGCACCGUCACCAACGUGGGGGCGCAAGAGGCGGCCUCCUACACGGUCGCCGUCAGCGCGCCGCCCGGCCUGGACGUGAAGGUCACGCCCAGUAAGCUCGAGUUCACCAGAGGCGUCAAGAAGCUGGCCUUCCAGGUGAGCUUCUCCCGUAGCGGGAACGACGACGACGCGGCGGCGGCCAAGGGCGCCCUUUCGGGCUCCAUAACAUGGUCAGACGGAAAGCACAUGGUCCGCAGCCCGUUUGUGGUCACCAGCUGAAACAUCAUGGCAAUACCUGACGCGCAGGCACGUCAAGAAAUGCUGUGAUCUCAGAUAUAAAGUAUAGGAUACGAUGUUGAAAGCCACUGCUAGUGGCAAACUCAGAAUCAUCGAAGAUUCUGAAACUGGGCCUUCCAAAACGCCUUGGUCAGAAAUGACGGUUAAACAUUCUAAUAUAAUGUCGAAACCUUAGGCUCAUGUACAAUGGGAAAUAGUAAGCAUCAUGACAGCUGGAAGUAUUCAGUGGAACUCGA